AGCAUGACAACAUCAAUCCCACGACUUUUGGCCCUAAAUCCAUUUGCGUUUCGAGCUACGAUCAAUAUCGGCAUCUCUUAUCUAUCCAUAAUCCAAAAUCUAUUCAACCACUUCAUUACAUCACAAUGAAUGUCCACGAAGCCAGACCCAAUUAUUACGACAUCCUCAAAGUACCAGUAUGGGCAGAGACUGAUGAGAUCCGGACGAGCUACAAACGCCUCGCCUUGGCGCAUCAUCCGGACAAAGAUCCAAACAAUCCCAACGCCACGGCUUUUUUCCAAUCUAUUCAGGCCGCCCAUUCUACCCUGACUGAUCCUGCACAGCGCUCGGCUUACGAUCGUGAGGUAUAUAUGGAUCUAGACUUUGCGAUACACAGGUUCCGCGAGAGGAAAAAAGAAAUCAAGGGACACUUGCGCAUUAACAUCCAGAAUGAGGUGGCUCGCCAUAGGGUUAUAGAAUAUGAGAAGCGAAUGGAGAGCCCAUCGAGCCCUUCGGCUCGCCGAAUUAAACACGAAGCGGCUUCCAAAAAAUUUAAAGACGUGAUCGAUAUGCAGGAAAACCAGCUAGCAAGUCUCAAAGCAGAGAUAAACAAGAUGAAGAUUACCAUGAAUGCGAUGCUGGCAAGAGGGUAUAAGCCGAGAGACACAGAGAGCAAGGGGAGGAGCGGUUCCUUGAACAAUGAGAGCAGGUCAGUAAAACCGAUGAGAGAGGAAGCUAGAGACGCCGAAAAGGGUUAUUUUGCGGAAAACGAGAGAGCAAUCCAAAUUGACCAGAGCGCGAUCUGUUGUGGGAACCAAAGGUAG